CUUAGGGUUAGGGUUUUGGUUCCUGGGUUCGAAUUUAUUCUCCAUUUGCACGUCGUUCACUCUCAUCGGCAACAGGGUUUCGUUCUGUUACUUCAAUUUCCAUGGCGACGGCAGCAGUCAAUGCCCCGGCAAAGAGGAAGCCGGUCUUCAUAAAAGUAGAAGAGCUUAAGCCUGGUACGAGCGGCCAUACUCUCAUCGUCAAGGUGGUGAGCUCCAAAAAUGUGAAGAUGGUCAAUAAAGGUGGACGAUCCGCGAUGCUCACGGCUCGCCCUCAGCAAUUAACUCGUAUCUCUGAAUGUCUUGUUGGUGAUGAAACUGGUUCCAUAGUCUUCACAGCUCGAAAUGACCAAGUUGAUAUCAUGAAGCCAGGUAACACCGUGACCCUGCGGAAUGCAAAGAUUGACAUGUUUAAAGGCUCGAUGAGGUUAGCAGUUGAUAAAUGGGGACGAAUUGAAGUUGCCGAACCAGCUAACUUUGAGGUUAAAGAGGACAACAAUCUCUCUCUGGUUGAAUAUGAAUUAGUUAACGUUGAAGAGUGACUUCAAAUAAUGCGAUGUUGAUUUAUCAUGGAUUUACUUUCUAUUGUGUGGUGGAGGACUGCUGCUAUUAACUGGGAUACAGUUUUAUAUAGCAACACAAAUCUUGCUGAAAGGGUAAUAUUAGCUGAUUAUUGCUGGGACUAUAAUUUGGAUCUGGAAAGGGAAGUGCAAGUCCUACUUUCUCAUCGUAUCAAUUGGAAAAGUAAAUAGAGGGUUUUAUCACUGCA